AGUAUUGUUGAAGAAGUUACUCAAGCAAGUAUGAGAAUCGUUCGUAACAAUUGGAACAAAGUCGCGCGAUGUGAUUAAACACAUAAUUUUAUUGAAAAAUCGUUACUAAUACAUAAAAAAAAAUGCGAUUUUUUAUCGUGUCACGAUUGUGUAAUUAAACCAAAAAGAAAAGGGACAGUGAUUUUACUUAAAAAAAUAAUAAUAAAGUGUUAUCAUGGUGUUUUAAAACGAUUAUAUAAUGGAUUAUUCAGUGUAUCAUGUGUAUGCAAGUGCUGUUGGGGCAGCAACAAGUGCUACAAGUGGUGCACCACCCCAUUAUGUACCCCAACCACCGGGUGUGGGGGUACCUGGUGCAGGGGGUUAUUUAUCAACACCGUCACCGGUAAACGCACAUCAUCAUAAUCAUCAUUUACACCAUCAGACUCCCUCACACACGGCUCAUCAUUUAAGUACCCCCAUUGGUGUGCCAUCACCCCAUUUAAUAGGGGUGCCGUCACAGGUGGAUACGUUACAAGAUAAUGUGAGUCAGACCAGUGGCGGUGGUUUGAUACAAGUUCUUCCAACACAUUUUACUAAACGAAAAAGGACUGAGGACGAUGAAAACAAUUCAAAUAAAUAUACGCGGAUGGAAGAUGAUCCUGCGCAAGAUAAGGAGCGAUUUGCCAGUAGGGAGAAUCAUUGUGAGAUUGAGCGACGUCGGCGUAACAAGAUGACUGCAUAUAUUACGGAAUUAUCCGAUAUGGUACCAACAUGUAGUGCAUUGGCACGCAAACCAGAUAAAUUAACGAUACUUCGAAUGGCUGUGGCACACAUGAAAACACUUAGAGGUACAGGGAAUACUAGUCAAGAUGGAGCAUACAAACCUUCAUUUUUAACUGAUCAAGAAUUAAAACAUUUAAUUUUGGAGGCAGCCGAUGGAUUCCUAUUUGUUGUGAACUGUGAUUCUGGUAAAAUAAUGUAUGUAUCAGAUUCAAUAGCGCCAGUAUUACAUUAUAGUCAAAAUGAUUGGUAUGGGACAAGUUUUUUUGAUCAUUUACAUCCCGAAGACGUUGAUAAAGUUCGUGAACAAUUAUCAACGCAAGAACCUCAGAAUAGUGGACGAAUUUUAGAUUUAAAAACUGGUGCUGUUAAGAAAGAAGGCCACCAAGCUUCAAUGCGGCUAUGUAUGGGAUCUCGGCGAGGUUUUAUAUGUCGAAUGAAAAUUGGUAAUGUAUCAACCGACAUGAGUUUAGGUCAAAUGAUUCGUUUGAAGCAUCGUGGAAGCUUAAGUGGAACGCAAGAGGGCUCCAAUUAUGCUGUAAUUCAUUGUACUGGGUAUAUUAAAAAUUGGCCCCCAAACGAUAUGUUUCCUGGUGUACAAAUGGAUCGCCAAACUCAAGACGAUGACAUUCAUGGAUCUCAUUGUUGUCUAGUGGCAAUUGGUCGUUUACAAAUAUCGUCAUCCUCGAAUCCAGUCGGUGAUUUAUCAAGUGGAUCAAACGAUGUUAACGAAUUUAUCUCUCGGCAUGCGGUCGAUGGUAAAUUUAGUUUUGUGGAUCAACGUGUUAUUGGAUUAUUAGGCUAUACACCAGUUGAUUUAUUAGGCAAAUGUUGUUUUGAUUUCUUUCAUCCAGAGGAUCAAAUCCACAUGAAGGAUAGUUUUGAGCAAGUGUUAAAGUUAAAAGGACAAGUCAUAUCAGUCAUGUAUAGAUUUCGAACGAAAAAUCAGGAAUGGUUGUGGUUACGGACUUCGGCAUUUGCGUUCCUGAAUCCGUACACGGAUGAUGUGGAAUAUAUUGUGUGUACAAACGUUGCUGCUCAUCGUUCUUUACAAAAUAUUCAUGAAAAUGUACCAACAAGUGAUCCAAUGUCGUAUCAAUCGCAACCAGGCAUCGAUUAUACGUUACAGAAACGGGAUUCGCCAAUAUUUUCAUCGCAUAUCAUUUCACCUGGGCAUUUGUCAAGUACUCAACAACAGUCAUCUCGACCAGCAAGCAACCAAAAUGUGUACAGUGGUUAUGAAUCAGUAGCAUCGCCAACAACCGCAUAUGGAUCACCGUCUGGGUCAGGGAGUAUUAUGACACGAAUCGGUAGCAAAUCAGCGGGUGGUAGUAGUGGGAGUCCACAACCAAUUGUAGGAGGAAGUAACAGUGGUCAGUGGGCCAGCAUGAGACCUUCAGAAGGUUAUCAAUAUAGUCAAUUAAGUCCAGCUCGAUCACCAGGUGGUCCUACAUACACGCAACUCGGUGGAGGCACACGACAUACACCCAUCUCAUACCAUACAACACCUACAUCAAACACGGGUCUAUGGCAAUGGCAGAGUGGUCCACAGCCAACGGAACCCACCGUUGUGGUUAGUGCAAACCAAUCCACACACAACACGGACAAUGAGUCACAAGGACACGGUCAUAGUGGCCCUGCGGGUCCUUCGGGUCCUCCACAACAUUCAAAUAAUCCACAUGCCCAAGGACAAGAAUUAACUGAUGUUUUACAAAUGUUCGACCAAAGUACAGCUUCUACAUUUGAGGAUUUAAAUAUGUUUACGACCAAUUUUGAUUAAA